AGCUGCCCGAGGCUCACAUUAAUAAGGACAGUCAAAGUUUGAUGGCUGACAUUACCUUCAGCUGUUUAUAUCUCACAAAGGUAGAUACAUGGAUACAUUAACUUUACUUUGGAUCGUCUCUGUGGCUUUUACAGGUUUAACCAAAGCAGCCGGUGUGUUGCCAGACGGUCCUCUGAAUGCAGCCGUGGGAGAGACGGUGACGUUCAGCACAACACUGACUCCACAGGGAACUCAAAUUAUAUCAGUAAACUGGAAAUUUGGUACUAAAGUAAUAUUCACUUUCAAUGGUGUGAACAUAACUGCACCAGAGUACGAAGGCAGGAUCACCUACUUCAUGUCUACUGGAUCUCUGGAGCUCAGAAAUGUGGUUCUUAAUGACAGCGGAGAAUACACAGUUAGCAUUUUCUUAUUUGGAGAAUCACCGAAGCCAGGAAACACAAGACUGGACGUACUGGUGAAAGUCUCCAAUGUUGUAGCAACUGCCAGCAGCACAGACCUGGUGGAGUUCAGCAGCUCCGUCAGUCUGUCCUGCUCCUCCUCUGGACCCUCGCUCUCCUUCCUCUGGCUGAACAGCAGCUCUGAGGUUACAGGAAGUGACAGAGUUCAGCUCACUGAUGGAGGCUCCACUCUCACUAUAAAUAAUGUGACCCGCUACGACCAGGGACCAUUCAGGUGUAAUGUGUCCAAUCCUGUCAGCUCUGACAUCAGUAAUCUAUUAAACUUCUCCAUCAGCUACGGCCCAGAGAAUAUUACUUUGACAAUAUCUCCGUCACAAGAAUACCAUGUGGUAGGAUCAAACAUCAGCCUGAUGUGCUCAGCUGAGUCCAGACCUCCUGCACAGUUCCAGUGGUUUCUGAAUGGAGGCCUGUGGUCUGAUGGAGCAGAGCUCAGACUGGUGGACAUUCAGGAGAGUCACAGUGGGAACUACAGCUGUCAGGCCUUUAACAGCAGAACUCUGAGAUAUAUAACAUCUCAGCCUGCAUCUGUAACUGUACUGGCGCGUGUUGCUAAUGUUGUAGCAACUGCCAGCAGCACAGACCUGGUGGAGUUCAACAGCUCCGUCAGUCUGUCCUGCUCCUCCUCUGGAUCCUCGCUCUCCUUCCUCUGGCUGAACAGCAGCUCUGAGGUUACAGGAAGUGACAGAGUCAGCUCACUGAUGGAGGCUCCACUCUCACUAUAA